AUGUCAACAACAGUAAACGGAUUUAACUUGUCCCUACUGUACCUUCUGUGUACCUUAUGUGGACCUUGCUUAUCAAGUGUUUGCAAGACAAACGGCCCACUAGGUAUGAUCACAGGAACUAUCAGUGACUGGCAGAUUAGCUCCUCCUCAACUUACCCCAGUGAAUGGGACCGAGGUUGCCACGAAAAGUACGCUCGCCUCUACCUCCCAAACAAAUUUGGCUGGUGUGCAAAAUACAAAAGCUCUUCAGAGUGGCUGCAAGUAGACCUCGGUGUUGCAGCAAGGGUGACGGGUGUGAUGACGCAGGGUCGUGGAGACGGAACUGAGUGGGUGAGCCGGUUCAUGGUGUCCUACAGUAUGGACGCUUACCACUGGAACUACAUCACAGACAGCUAUGGUAAUCAGUGGUUGUUUGAGGGCAACACAGAUUCCUUUUCGGUCAAACACAACUACUUGGACAGACCAAUCAUUGCUCGGUAUAUCAAGUUUCACACUGUUCAGUGGAAUAGACACCCAAGCAUGCGAGUAGAGAUUAUGGGAUGUCAGUUAUGCAAGGAACCGCUAGGACUUCCCCCAUACGGAAAAAUCACAGCUUCUUCUUUCAGAAAAUUUAAAUUUGGAAGUUCGUGCCAACCAGAAGAUGGCCACAUACUCAGCAGCAAAGCCUGGUGUCCAAAGACACAGAACGAUACGCAGUGGUUACAGAUUGAUGUUGGGCCCCCAACUCUUAUAACAGGUAUUAUAACCAAAGGCAGGGGAGAUACCAAGAAGAAGCACUGGGUGCAGAGGUUCAGGAUUGCUUACAGCAAUGAUACCCGACUGUGGUAUAGUUACAAGGAUGCACAUCAUCUAGAUCCUAAGUUGUUUGGUGGUAACACUGACAAAGAUACGGAGAGAGUACAUUUCCUCAACAGUCCGUUUGUGGCACGAUAUGUCCGAUUCCAGCCAGUGGAGUGGCGAGGGAAGAUCAGCAUGAGGGCAGGUCUCCUGGGCUGUCCAUUUACAGGAGACUGCAGCGAAGGCUUCAUGAGAGUCAAUGAUGAUACUCCCUGUAUUGAAAACCUAGCAUUCAAAAAAGACAGCUGGAUUAACAAGAAGACAUUGUAUAAGCGACACAUUCGUCACAAGCUGCCAGAGGGUCAUGCUGACCGUGCUGUUGAUGGAGACCUUGACCUCAGGCUGCAGAGCUGUACUAUUCUAGAUAAUCUGUAUGGGAAAUACCCACUGUGGACUGUUGACCUAGGUCAUAAAACAACAGUGUCUGGUGUUAUCAUCUACACUUGGCAGGGAGAUGGCCAAGAAAAAGCAGCAUCCUUUCGAGAAUACAUGAAAAAUCUUGACCAGCUUGUGGUUUACGUGGAUGACAAAAUACAGAAGAAAGAUGAUGAGCAUGAUGAGUCCUACGCUUCUGGUAACAUGUGCAACUACAUCUCAUCCUUGAAUAAUGCCCUUUUCAACGAGAAGCUGUUGCUACAGUGCGUCAGGACUCACGUCGGCAGAUAUGUUCUUAUCGAAGCCUGGGGCAGACAGAUAGGCUGGUCAAGGUUGUUUGGGGCCGUUUUAUGUGAAGUUCAAGUCUUCAAUUGA